AUGGCCGCAAUCGAAAAACCCCCUGUCGACGGUUCCAACACCACAGAAAAAGAUGCCCCCCCAACUGAUUUCGACGAAAGUCUUGGAGGCCAUAUCAAUGAGCGAGCCCUCGUGCGAAAACUCGAUAUCACCCUUCUUCCAGCCCUGACCUCGCUGUAUCUUCUUUCAUUUCUCGACAGGAGCAAUGUCGGCAAUGCACGCAUCGAGGGUUUGGCGACUGACUUACACAUGACGGGGGACCAAUAUCUGACCGGACUCACGCUUUACUUCAUCGGAUACGUCCUCUUCGAGGUUCCUUGUAAUCUGAUUUUGAAAAUGUGGAAACCGAAAUUUUGGUUGCCCACACUGACGCUCGUGUGGGGUGUUGUCAGUACGCUCAUGGGUGUCACUCAAUCCCGUGCUGGCUUCUUUGUUGUUCGGUUCUUCUUGGGUGUGGCUGAAUCCGGGCUAUUCCCAGGCAUCGUCUUCUACCUCUCAAUGUGGUACAAGCGAAAUGAACGGCAGUUUCGGGUGGCUCUGUUCUUCAGCGCGGCGUCGCUGGCCGGGGCUUUUGGGGGUAUUCUCGCAUGGGGUAUUGCUCACAUGAGAGGUGUCGGUGGCUAUAAUGGCUGGAGAUGGAUAUUUAUUCUGGAAGGUCUACUUACCGUUGUCGUCUCGAUUGCUGCGUACUUCUUCAUCCACAACUACCCAGAUACGGCGAAGUUCUUGAACAACGAGGAACGAGAGUACAUCCAGCACCGUCUCAAGGCCGACAGCGAUGCAACCCAGGAUGAAAAGUUGGACUGGAAUAACGUCAAAAAGGCCUUCACCGAUAUCAAAUGCUACCUCUAUGCCCUCGGAUUUCACACACUCUCGCUGCCACUCUACACGCUUUCACUCUUUCUUCCGACCAUCAUCAAGUCUCUCGGAUAUUCAUCAGCGGAAGCGCAACUUAUGACCAUACCACCUUAUGCAAUCGCAUUUUUCCUCACCAUCGGCCUUGCGGUGCUCUCCGAGAGGUAUUGCCGCCGGACCCCAUUUAUCCUCAUGUCCUCAUCGCUUGCCAUUAUCGGAUACAUCUUGCUUUUAAGCGACCCACGGCCUGGCGUGUCGUAUGUGGGGAUAAUAUUCGCUGCAGCCGGCAUCUAUCCGUCGGUGGCCUUGACGCUUGCCUGGCCGGCAAACAACGUCAGUGGACAGACAAAGAGAGCCGUUGCCAAUGCGCUACAGAUCUCGCUGGGGAAUCUGGGAGCCGUGCUUGGCACCCAGCUCUAUCGAACAGAAACAGCGCCGCGGUACUUUCUGGGACACUCAUUCGCCCUGGCGUACAUGGUAGCGAACUUGGUCGUGACUACGACUCUGUGGCUGGUGUUGAAAAGGCAGAAUGAGCGAAGAGAAGCGAAGGCAACAGAGAACGGGCAUCCUGACGGGCCCUGGCUUGGAGAUGAGGAUCCGCGGUGGAGGUUUCACUUGUGA